GCACAUCUAAAGCUGGAUCUGAUUGGUCGCGUCUGAUCUGGGAAGCGGUCCCCGGGCCAAUCCGGAUCAUUUGGAGUCUAAUCCUCGCUGGAUGAAAGGGUACAAAAAGCCACCUGGACCGCGCAGGAGGGAGACUGGAUUUUCCUGUCGACUCUUCUCUGUUCCGGUGUCUGCUCAGCUCCGCCGACCACCAUGCCCACUGACGCCCAGAGCGACGCCCGCUCCUUCCUGACCGAGGAGAUGAUACAAGAGUUCAAAGCCGCCUUCGACAUGUUCGACACAGACGGAGGCGGAGACAUCAGCACCAAGGAGCUGGGCACCGUGAUGAGGAUGCUGGGCCAGAACCCAUCGAGAGAGGAGCUGGACGCCAUCAUUGAGGAAGUCGAUGAAGACGGCAGCGGCACCAUCGACUUUGAGGAGUUCUUGGUCAUGAUGGUGCAGCAGCUAAAGGAGGACCAGGCCGGGAAGAGCGAAGAGGAGCUUUCGGAGUGCUUCCGCAUUUUUGACAAGAACGGUGACGGCUUUGUCGACCGGGAGGAAUUUGGAGAAAUCCUCCACCUCACUGGGGAGCCAGUCACCGAGGAGGAUAUCGACGAAAUGUUUGGGGAAUCAGACAAUAACAAGGACGGAAAAAUCGAUUUUGAUGAGUUCCUGAAGAUGAUGGAGAACGUCCAGUGAUGAGUCCAGCUCUGGAUUCCGCGAUGACCUUCUUUUGGAGGGAAUAAAAGUGAAGUGUGCAAAGGGGAAACUCUAAAGCGCUGAAUAAUGGGCCACAAAUUUGAAUUUGUAGCAACUGCAAAGUAAAAAUGUGCACAGAUUAAACACAUCUAGCUCCAUUUAUCCCCCCCCUCACCACCUCACAUGAAACUUAGAGGGCCUGUUGAGCAUGUUGUCUAUAAAUAUCCAUUCAAACCUUUUAAGACGAAGGCGCUUUUCCCCAGGCCACCUCCUUGAGCUGAGCACCCAGACCCAGCUGUCUCCUUGGCAGCUGCUGUUUUGCCAGAAAUGUCCCACCGACUGGGCUCAAACCCCUCCCUCUUCAUACCCCGCCUUACAACUGAGUGUCUUGUCCACCCUGAUCUGUGCUUUUGGAAUAAACCAAAGUUGUUCUUCUGCUCAUUGCUUGCCUCUGCUCUUUAUUCUGACCGUGUCCGCUGCGCUUCUGGCCUCCCUGGAUCCGUUAGAUAACCAGUCUGUCUGGCUUUUCAACUCUCAGACUCGUGCCC